AUCAAACCGAGCACGGUCGAACCUAAAACCUAACGUGCUCGUGUGUGUCUCUCUCUGGUGCUCGGCAUCGGCGCCGAGCGAGGAGGUCAUCCUCUUGUCGGCCGCGGCUUCCACGGCGACGCGAAACGGAAGGACAUGGCGAAGCGCGAGCUUUCGAGCACCCUCAAGAACCUAAAGUUCAUGCAAAGGGCUGCCCAGAAGGAUGAGAAGCCCAAGGAAGUCGAGAAGGUCACGCCCGGGGCAGACUUCGGCGCUCCCCCCUCCCCUGCCAGGAGAUGUGUUGUUAUCAUGGAUGGGGAUCCUCAUCCAGCAGCCCUUAAAGGUCGGAUGUCGUUUCAGAGUUUCAAUCCUUCCAUAGAUAAACUAAAUGAAGAGGCUGCAAAUAACCAGCAAAAUAGAUCUGGUACCUCAAAUAAUGGUGGAAUUUCUAAAAGAAUGGACGAAGCCUCCGCUGCAACAGACUCGCGAACAGGUAGUUCAAAAAAUGUUUCUGACCUAGACCUCAAGAGGAAGCAACCAGAAUCAGAGACUGACAAAACAACUCAGAAGUUGCCGAAAAGUGCAAGUGAGGUCGGUGGGCAACCGUGGAUCAGUAAUGAUAGGAGAGCUUCUUAUAAGCAGCAGAAACGUGAAAAGCUGGACUGGAAUCUUCUAAGACCACCGAAAUCUGGUAACAGGGGUUAGCACUCUGUGACAUACAUUUGCAUUUUUCACAUUCCACCUUGCUGAUGUUUUGUUCCUUGAGAUUCUGUUGUUUGUUCUUCACUUGGUGAGUGCCAAUCUGCUUUCUUGCUGUAACCCUGUAUCUUAGAACCAGUUUAGCGUUGAGCUUUGUUGUUGUGGACGCAGCCCAUCUUUUCUUCUCGUGUUCCAUCGUGUCACGAUCAAAUAUAGGGUAUCGAUAUUU